CUUCCUGGUUCAAAGUCCAGCGGAGAACUCUGCAGCAGAGGAAGCAGGUGAAGAGUGAGGAUGUUGUGUUUCUUUAUUUAACAGCUCGUCGCUCGCACGCAGACAUGCAGCGGGCGGUGGAGUCUCUGGUCCGCCUGCUGGAGUCCUACAGGGGCAGAGAUAAAGUUAUCAGGACGGUCUGUUAUGGCUCCCAGCUCGUUGGAGGAGUUCUGUCCCGGAAGGCCGAAGCGGACAUCUCAUCGCAGCGCCUUGGCAAAAGUCUGCUCCUGUUUUCCGCUCAGCUCAGUCAGUGCAGGACGGUGCUGAGACUGUUCGACGAUCUGUCCAUGCUGACGUACUCACACAGCUAUGGCUUUGGAGCCGGGGAAGAGGACUCAGGUGUGCGUUGGAUUUCUGUGAUAAACAAUGUGGCCGACCAACUGUACUACCCCUGUGAACACAUCGCGUGGGCCGCUGACGCCGAGCUCAUCAAAGCGAAGUCUGAUAAGUGGUGGCUGUUCAGCACGGUGCUGUGGGGAAGCUCACUGCUGCUGGGAAUACUCAGGUCAAUUCGAGUUCUGCUGCUGCUGAAGAGGAAGCUGGAGAGAUGUGGGAGAGACGGAGCUGGCGACAGCCACUCUCGGCUCCACACACAGAUGCGAGGGGAGCUUCUCUCCAUCGUCAGCAGUAUGGCCGACCUCAGUAACGCCAUCCACUGGAUGCCGCCUGGCUUCCUGUGGGCUGGUCGAUUCCCCAACUGGUUGGUGGGGCUGAUGGGCACAGUCUCGUCUGUAAUCGGUUUGAUCCAGAUGAGCGCUGGCGACACAGACAGUACAUAGUCCUCACUUAACAGCGAGGAAUAGAUGAAAUGCUUGGACCAGCACUGAGCGAAUGACGUACAAGUACAUCAGUGAUACGUCCUGAGUGAAGGAUUGUGUAGGAGAUCCUGAACGUAUGAAAUCAAACUCAUCGUGACCUUUAGCUGCAAAGAAAGUGAAUAGUCUUAGUUGUUUUGCAGCCAAUCGUCAGAUGUGACUUGAGGCAAAACAUCCUCACUGGUUUUUUAAAACAUGUUCGGACAUUGUCGUCAGUAUCAGACAGUGUGAGGAACAAUUUGAUGAUGUAAAAAAAUGUAUCAGCAGUUAACCGUCGCAGCAUUACAAUCACAAAUGUGAAAUAUAUUUAGAAAUACGUUUCUUCACAUGCAGAAAAUUAAGUAUUACAUGGCAUUUUAAUGCAGUGUACAAGUUUUAAAAGAGCAAGAUUUACAGUCUUAAUGACACUGGUUAAUUGCAGAACUUGGGGUAAAUUGUCUUUGUGUUUAUCAGACAAUACCUUGUAUUUGUUCUUCAACACUGCAACUAAAUUUGGCUGGGAUAACAACUCUUUUGCCUGAGGAGCCCAGUUUGUGUCCUUGUUUGUCUGUAUGCAAAGUGAUCCAAGGCUUGAACCUGUUCCUGGAAGGUCGGAGGCAGAUUUUUGGGUCAAUCACCCUAGAAGGUCACUGCUGAAAUAGAAAAUAUUUUUGUGUUUAGAAUUGAAAUCUUUUUGGUGAUUAAUGGUUGCCUUAGAGACACACUGUAUACACCUGUCUUUAUUACUGAUCAAAUGAAACACAUUGUAGAUCGUUUAAAAUAAUAAAAAAAUAUUUUUUUUAAAAAUA